UGUUGGAAAAGAAUGCCCGCACACGAAAUAAGAGCGGUCCUUUUCUGGUGUUAAGCUUUCAUCGGUCUGUUCGGUUACUUUUCUUCGAUUCUGGUUGAGAUGGGUCAUGUGGCGCCACAGUGAAAUUCAGCGUCAGGUGCUGGCGCUGUACCGGCAGUGUCUGCGCGCCGCGCGCGACAAACCCGGCGCCCCCGAGGCGGUGCGCCGCGAGUUCCGGCGGCACGCGGCCAUCCCACGCCGCGAGACGCUGCGCAUCGAGUUCCUGCUGCGCCAGGGUCGCCGCAAGCUGCAGAUGCUUCAGGACCCGCACGUGUCCCAGAUGGGCCAGUUCAAGAACGACCAGUACGUGCACCUGCUGGAGGAGGUCGUGAUCGAGGCCUGCGGUCGGAUGGGCGUCGCCGCCGGCACCUCACCCCACACCGGCGUCUGGGUCGGAGAUAACAAGAUAUGCGCCAUGGGCGUCCACUUCACGCGGCGAGUGCUGACAUCUCACGGCCUGGCGCUGAACUGCUGCGUGGACCUCGACUGGUUCCGCCACAUCGUGCCCUGCGGCAUCGAGGACAAGUUCGUGACGUCACUGACGGCCGAGCUGGGUCGGCGCGUGUCCGUGAACGAGGCCACGAGCCACGUGGUGGACGUCCUGGCGGAGCUGCUGAACUGCGAGAUCGUUUGGGACGACUCCUGACGGCCACUGGCAACGCUAGAAAGGAAACGAUCCGUAGAAUCUGGCUGAUCAGGGAGCCUCGGUGUAGCGAUGUGGACGCCCUUUGGCCAGACGUUGUAGACUGGAGGCUGAUAGCGUGCGUGGCUGUAGUAGCGGACUAGUCAGAAGUUGACGCUCUUAGCGGGUGUAGCCGCGUAAUGGUCAACAGUUGGCGCCCUAAGCAGUUGUAAGCCCGUCUGAUGUGGCAAGUGCAGCUGCCGCCGCAAGUUAAUUAGACCACGGGGACCGGAGUAGCCACAGGCUAUGGAUGGCGCUUGAGGCGAGCAUGUGUUUUUUUGUGUCAGCAAGGCAUGAACGUCAUUUUACCGGGUGGGUUUGUGCAGGUCACGAGCGCUGUCACUUAUUUCCCGGAUGCUCCGCCGUUAUGUUCAAGCAGACAAUA